CGCGAUGGUCGUCGAUGGAGUCCCAGACUGGCAGCAUGGGUCAGGGGAGAGGGUGUUUAAAGGAAUGCUGCUAAAAAGUGCUUUACAAGUUUGAGCACUCUCGACCGCGUUUGGGGAACUUACCGACACAGAGAUGUACUUUGCUAUUGUCUUCGAGCUGGACACCCGAGUAGAUAGCUUGACAUCCUUCCUGUUCGUACAUGGUGGUGAUAGUGUCACGCAUGACAGUCGCGGCCUCGCUGCCUGGCUCGCGCGGAUCGGCGCCGGGGAGUAGCGGGAAGACGGCGAAUUCUAUAGUCGGCAUUUCGCGACAAGGAGUUCCCGAGAAGGUGAUCGUACGACUAUGUGAAAUGAGUGACCAAGAUGUUUAUGGUGGUGCCCCUGCGUCAAGGAGAUCUACCACUUUGGCUGUUUCGGGUGUUGACAGCGGCUUACCCCGCACGCCCGGCUGUUUCUGGCAAGGCUGUACGUAUCUAUUGCGUUCGUCCAUGAUGACAGAUGCACAUGGGCUGCCUGUGUUCUGUCAUAUCGACAUCUUUAGCGCCCCUGCUACGGUCCGUCAGACUCGGCUGCCACGCUCGAGCCUAUAUUCAUAAGCAGUAUCGGGAGGCACUCUAAGCUCUCCUUAUGCUCAGAAAACGGCGUUGCCUCACAUGCCUGCGCUUGCCGGUCCAGAGCAAGCAAGAGAAUACACUAAAUAAGUAGACACGUCGAACGAAAAAAAAAAGAUUGCAGUCUUCCACGGAAGUUUUCGAUACUAUGGCCCUGUUUGAUGAUAUGAAG